AUGGGACUAAAGAAUGCGCGUCAGAUACACGAGUUUGCUGGGCUCGUCUCAGGAACACAGUCAUCAGUGAUUCAUCGGAGCACUGCUAAUGUGUAUGGGUUGGCUUUACAUGGGGGUUUGGCUCAGGAACAAGGAAGACCUAAGCCAGGCAGCUCUACUUGUGGGACAGACAAGAGGUGCCCAGUCCACACUCGGAGGCCCAAUGAAGUAAAGUUGCAUCUCGGCUGUGGAGGCUACAGCUUCUCUGGUCCCUCGACCGUGGCGGCUUCUGGGAGUGGUAUGGCCCAGAAAACCUGGGAAUUGGCCAACAGCAUGCAGGAAGCGCAGAGUAACGAUGAAAUCUACAAAUAUGACAAAAAACAGGAGCAAGAAAUUCUGGCGGCGAAACCCUGGACUAAGGAUCACCAUUACUUUAAAUACUGCAAAAUCUUGGUGUUGGCUCUACUGAAAAUGGUGAUGCAUGCCAGAUCAGGAGGCAACCUGGAAGUGAUGGGCUUGAUGCUCAGGAAAGUGGAUGGAGAGACCAUGAUCAUCACAGACAGCUUUGCUUUGCCUGUAGAGGGCACUGAAACCCGAGUAAAUGCUCAGGCUGCUGCAUAUGAGUAUAUAUAUAUAUAUAUAGAAAAUGCCAAACAGGUUGGCCGCCUUGAAAAUGCAAUUGGCUGGUAUCAUAGCCACCCUGGUUAUGGUUGCUGGCUCUCUGGGAUUGACGUUAGUACACAGAUGCUUAACCAGCAGUUCCAGGAACCAUUUGUAGCGGUAGUGAUUGACCCAACCAGAACAAUAUCUGCAGGAAAAGUGAAUCUUGGCACCUUUAGGAUGGAUCCAAAGGGCUACAAGCCUCCUGAUGAAGGUCCUUCUGAGUACCAGACUAUCCCACUUAAUAAAAUAGAAGACCUUGGCGUGCACUGCAAACAAUAUUAUGCCUUAGAAGUCUCAUAUUUCAAAUCCUCUUUGGAUCGUAAACUACUUGAGCUUUUGUGGAAUAAAUACUGGGUGAAUACCCUGAGUUCCUCUAGCUUGCUUACUAAUGCAGACUAUACCACUGGCCAGGUAUUUGAUUUGUCUGAAAAAUUAGAGCAGUCAGAAGCCCAGCUGGGACGAGGGAGUUUCAUGUUGGGUUUAGAAACACAUGACCGGAAGUCAGAAGACAAACUUGCCAAAGCUACUCGAGACAGCUGUAAAACUACCAUAGAAGCCAUCCACGGAUUGAUGUCUCAGGUUAUUAAGGACAAACUGUUCAAUCAAAUUAAUGUCGCUUAGUUACCACUGAGGACUUUUUCCUGAAAGCUGACGUGUGGAAAGAACAGCAGCUCCGGUAAC